CAAUUACAGUAUAUUGUUAGCCAUAAUGAUCUUACCCACCUCUGCUGAGAGAGAAGCUGGAGAUCAGUUUAGGAAGAAGGAUAACUGUGGGAAAGCAUAAUGGCUCCAAAGCGUUCACCUAAGGUGAUGGGCACUUUGAUGACGACCAGAUCAAAACUUGUGCGAGAAAUUGUGCAAGUCACUGUUGUUGAAAGCGCUCAGAAGCCAACGAUUGGAGAAAUAGAUGAGGAAAAGGAAGACACGUUUAUUCCUUCAGGCAGAAAGCCAUUCAGAACCAUUGCUGUCGAAGACAAGUCAGAACAAAGAAACCAUGAGUCAGCUCAAAUUCCAGUACUAGUGGAGGACAAAUCAUCGGAACAAGAAAACCAGUCAUUUCGGCCUGUUCAAGUUGAGGGAAAAUCGAAAGAAGAAAACCAGCCAGUUCAACCUCCGGUAGAGAAAAAAUCAGAAGAAGAAAACCAGCCAGUUCAACCUCCGGUGGAGGAAAAACAAGAAGAAGAAAACCAGGACAAAUCACCAGAGGAGAACCAAGCAGAAGUUGAAGUUCCAGAGGAAGAGAAAGAGAAACAGCCCACCAAUAUGACUUCCGGAAAGCAAGAAGGGCCAUCAAAAAUAGAGGGGGGAAAAAAGAAAACGAAGAGCACCCAAGAAGGGGAAGGGAAGAGGAGGAGGAAGAGGAGGAGAAAAGAGGGCGGGGGAGAUGAGUACAGGAGGUAUGUGUAUAGGGUGUUGAAGCAGGUGCACCCAGAGUUGAGGGUAUCGUCAAAGGCAAUGACAGUUUUGAAUAAUAUGAUGAAGGACAUGUUCGAGAGGCUGACGGAGGAGGCAGCGGUGCUGUCCAAGUACACAAGCCGAAAGACGCUAUCUUCAAGGGAGAUUCAAGGGGCAGUGCGGCUGGUAUUACCCGGAGAGCUUGGAAAGCAUGCCAUUGCUGAGGGGUCUAAGGCUGUGACUUCCUUUAUGUCCUACAUUGCUCGAGAGACCAAGAGAUCAUCGUAGCCCUCUCUUAUGCGUCGUGCUUUGAGUUAUCUAGUAUAUAUUUUGGUACUGUUUUAGAACUAGCUUGUACGUAAGCUUUCUCUGUUUGCAUUGCUUGCUUUCUUCUAUUUUCCUGUGGCAAGGUUGGACGUGAUCUUGUUGGCUCUUUCUUUUUUCAUGUUGUAAUAUUG